AUGGCGCCGCCCGAGUGGAACUUCGGCCACGUCGCCGGCAUCUGCGAUGUCUCCUUCGUCGGCAGCGGCGACGAAGCGCUCCUCGUCACGUGCGGAGCGGACAACGCGGUGACCGUGAGGAACCCGGAGACACUGGAGAUCGAGGAGAGCUUCACCGAGGAGCACGACGAUGCCGUCAACGUGCUCGCCGUGAGCCCUGACGGCGCCAAGUUCGCCACCGGGUCCGACGACAACUCCGUCAAGCUCUUCAACUUCGCGGGCGCAAGCCGCGAGUUUGAAUCCAACGUGGUGCGCUUCACCCUCCCCGUGCGCGCGCUGGCGUGGAGCGCCGACGGUACCUUCCUCGCCGCAGGUGGCGAGGACAACGCGGUCAAGGUGGUCAAGAUGGACGACAAGUCCGUGGCCCUCGACCUCGCCACCAGGUCCAAGUGCGUCAAGUCCCUCGCGUUCGAUCCCAAGGGAGACUUCCUCGGCGCCGUCGACGACGCCGGCGUCCUCACCGUGUGGGCGCUCAAGGCGAUCGCCGCCGGCGAUGACGACGACGCGGACAUGUCCGACGGCGAUGACGACGGCAAGAAAGGGUCGACGGAGCCCGGCGAGAUCGUCCUCGCCGCCACCGUCGCGCCCAUGACCGAGCCGGAUUCGUGCGAGGUGAACCGCGCGUGCUGGAGACCGGACGGCGCCGUGAUCGCGGUGCCCGGCCGCGAGCACGACGUCACCUUCUUCGCGCGCGGUACCUGGACCGAGCUCGAGAACCACAGGCUGAUCGCCGAGGACGGGAGCGAGGGCAAGGGCCACGGCGAGAACGUGGUGCUCGCGCAGUGGUCGCCCAACGGCAAGUACCUGCUCACCUCCGCCAAGGACCACACCGUGUGCGUUUGGGAUGUCAAGGAGAGGAAGGUCAUCAACUUCAUCAAGCACGAGUCCACGGUGUGCGGUGCGUGCUGGCGCCAGACCGGUAACGCGGUGGCGCUCGUGGACGGCGACGGGCAGUGGACCCUGUGGAAGAACCCGGUGCCCCCGUCGGGUUACACCGGGCCCACCGCGCAGGUUGACGCCGCGGAGCUCGACUUUUUCGAGGCCGAGGAGCCUCUCGCGCCCCUCGCGGGAGGCAUGGGCGACGAAGACAUGGACGGCGAAGAUAACGUCGCGUCCGAGGACGAGGAAGACAUGGGCGACAUGGACGAGGAGCAGUACUACUCCGAGCUAGAGCGAAGGAAGAGGAUGAAGAGGAAGCUCGCCAAGAGCGCCCAGGGUACCGCCGUCGCCGCCGCGCCCACGCCGCAGCCCCCGUUCCAGGUGGGAUCGGUCCCUGCCAAGACUGCUAAGGAUGAUGCUGGGAACGACGCGAACGGCUCGACCCGUCGCUUCCUGUGCUACAACAUGAUUGGCUCCGUCGUGAGCACUGGUGAGCCCGGAGGUGAUUUCAACUCGGUGGAGAUGGCCUUCCACGACACCAGCCGUGGUGGUCGUAUCCCCACCAUCACCGACUACCACGGGUACUCCGUCGGAUGCCUGGGUGAGCGGGGCUGUGCGCUCGCCUCUCCCGCCAAGCAGAGCGGCGGUUCUUCCGUCCUCUUCUAUCGCCCCUACGAGUCCUGGACGCACAAGAGUGAUUGGUCCGUCACUCUCCCCGUGGGUGAGGACGUGGUGUCCGUCGCGACCGGCAAGGACUGGGUCGCGGCGCUGACAUCCGGCCGCAUGCUUCGCGUCUUCUCGCACGCGGGCGCUCAGCGGCAGAUGGUGCAGCUCGACGGUGCGCCCGUCACCGCCGCCGGCAAGGGCGACUCCCUCGUCGUCGCCUGGCACGCCUCGGCGCCGGCGCUCGUCCCCGACGCAGCCGAUCCCAAGGUGCUUCGGGUCGAGCCGCGCAUCGAGUUCGCCGAGUACGACGUGGCGAGCGGCGGUAAGGUGCUGAGCAAGGGUAGGAUCCCGCUACCCCCCGGCGCGACCCUGACGUGGCUCGGUCACGUCGAGGACGGUAACGGCGCCAUCGCGUUUGGCGCAAGCGACGGAUGCGUUCGAGUCCGGACCUCCGAGUUUGGCGGCUCCUGGACUCCCGUGUUCAGGUCCCAGGAUGCGAGGCAGCAGGAGGGCGAGCAUCACUGGACCGUCGCCGUGUCCGUCGCGGAGAGCGCUCUCUACUGCGUCGUGGGUGGCAACGCCAACGGACCGGCGGUUCACCCCCGACCAGUCCUCACGCCCCUGCCGCUUGGCAUGCCCGUGGCGCUGCCGGACUCCUCUUCCGGCGAGCUGGAGGACGCCGCGGCGCGCGCGCAGCUGUGCGUCGCCCUCGCCUCCGCGGCAGCCGCCGGGGAUACCGCCGGGUUCAGGGACGACGUCGACCCCGCCGGCGCCGCCAUGGACGCCCUCCGCGCCGCGCAGACCGAGGCGGACAAGGCCCUACUCCGACUCUUCCACGCCGCGUGCAAGGGCGAGAGGCCCGCGCGCGCCGCGGACGUCGCAUCCGCGCUCAAUCUCACCACGUCGAUGCACGGCGCCCUUAAGCUCGCCAACGCCAUGUCUCAAAACGUUCUCGCCGAGCGCGUCACCAACCUCAUCGAGGCGAGCAUGGCCGCCGCCGCGGCAGCGGCUGAGGUGGAGGCGGCGAGGGUCUACGGAGGCGCCGUCGAGCUCGACACGCCGGGGCAGGCGCCCCAGCAGCACUACUCGCAGCCCGCGGCGUACGUCGCGCCCUCCCAGGCGACGCAGCCGGAGAAGGAUUCCAACCCUCUCGGCCGCCGCAGGUCCGUGGCGCCGGCGACUGACGAGAACGCGGACGCCCCCAAGGUUAGCGCCAAGGUCAAGGCUGGUUACGAGGCGAACGCCGCGCCGGCGAAGAAGGGCAGGGUGGCGAACCCCUUCGCGCGCGCUCGAUGAGUUGGGGAGAGGGAGUCACCGAUACUACCACAACACUCAGUGAAAACAAUAUUUUACACGAAACGCUAUCUCCGG